AUAAUAGAGGUCGGUCACUUUCCCAUUCUUAUCAAGUUUUAUUUAUCUCUUAUCAAAAGUUGCGUUAUUAAUAACUUAUAGAAUUUCCCUUUUUGCUAUCAAUGCAAUUAAAAUCAUUAUAGAACCGAUGCCGCAUUCACAAGAUUGAUAUUUAUAGCCAACUUUCUACAAUAAUUACUCUUCAACUGAUAACCAAUCUUAACUAAGAUUUAACUUCAAUGGAUAGUAUGUCAUCUAAAUCCAAUUUUCACGGAUCUGAAGAUGCAAGAAAAUCUGAAAUUGAAAUACCCACAAUAAAAAUACACAAUGAAGAAGGAGAAGAAGAAGAAAAUAGCUUAGUAGCAUUUGCAACAGGGAAUAGAAACAAUCAACUCAACGUCGAGACCCAUGAACCUAAUUCACGUUGUAAUAAAUGUUGUAGUAUCGUCAGAUCUUUUUUUAAACCUUGUCUUAGAAAUGAAAAUCCAUUACCUUCAAAUCCAUCCAAAUUACAACGUUUUAAAUAUGGUUUGUUAUGUCCGCCGUUUGGAAGAUUUGCCAAAUUUUUAGCUUAUAUAAUUCUAUUGUUUUUAAUAUGGUGUGUUCUCUGGUCAAUCACUAAAAAGGAAGCGUUACCUGGAGGGAAUUUCUUCUCUAUUUUUGUUUUAUGCAUUUGUUGCAUCUGUGGAGGAGACUUAGCUGAUUUACUAAAAAUGCCUCCUCUAUUAGGUAUGUUAAUUACUGGCUGUCUGUUAAGAAAUGUUCCCGGAAUUAAAACCAUAGGAGAAUCUAUAAACCAAGAUUGGUCUUCUGCCUUACGAAAUUUAGCCCUUAUAGUCAUUUUAACAAGGGCUGGAUUAGGAUUAGAUCCUGUUGCCCUCAAAAAAUUAAGUUUUGGAGUUAUUAGGCUUGCUUUUAUACCAUGCCUUGUAGAGGCAUUAACGGUUGGUGUUGUAUCACACUUUCUUCUUGAUUUACCAUGGUCAUGGGGCUUUAUGUUGGGAUUUGUUUUAGCAGCAGUUUCACCUGCUGUUGUUGUGCCAUCUUUACUUAACUUGAAAGAAAGGGGUUAUGGAAUUGAUAAGGGAAUUCCAACAUUGGUUAUAGCAGCCGCCAGCGUAGACGAUGUCCUUGCCAUUACAGCGUUUGGUUUGUGUGUUGGCAUAGCGUUUAGCGAAGGAAGUUUUGGUCUUCUAAUUGCCAAAGGACCAUUGGAGGCUUUUGGCGGAGUUCUUUUCGGAGUUAUUCUAGGAACUAUACUAUGGUUUAUUCCUACUGCGACAAGCAAGAACAAACAUCCUAUUCGAUUUAUAUUUCUGUUUGGAUACGGUAUAUUAGCCGUAUUUGGAAGUAAAAAUUUAGACUUCGCGGGCGCUGGUGCUCUUGCCUGUUUAACUAUACCAUUUGUAGCUGCCAUAAACUGGAGGAAAGACGAAGGAAGCGAUAAAAUCAUCUCUGAAUAUUUCGCUAAUUUAUGGAUAGUUUUUCAGCCUCUUCUUUUUGGUUUAAUUGGAGCAGAAAUCGACAUUACAAAAAUUAAAAGCUCUACAAUAGGUUUAGGUCUAGCUGUCCUUGCUAUAGGUUUAUUGUUUCGAGUAAUCGCCUCAUUCUUGGCAGUGUUACGAUUAGGUUUGAAUACUAAGGAAAAGUUUUUUAUUCCACUUGCCUGGUUGCCGAAAGCUACUGUUCAAGCAGCUAUUGGUUCUCAAGCUUUAGAUAUAACGAGAGAGAAAAAGCUAUUCAAUUCGGUUGAGGAGAAAAAUGGACUAAUUAUAUUGGCUGUUGCUGUAAUGGUUAUUUUAGUAACAGCUCCAGUUGGCGCAGCAGCAAUUUCAAUAUCAGGUCCAAGACUUUUGAAGAAGCAAACUGAUAAUAGUGAAGAAAAUAUGAAUGCAAGAGACGAUGAAAUUUAG